AUGUUAGACAUCACAGACUUCAUCGCCGAGCGUGGUGGUGAUCCCGAGCGGAUUCGGGAGUCGCAGCGAAGACGAGGCGAGCCAGUAGAGAUCGUGGACGAGAUUAUUCAGAUGUUUGAGGAUCACAGGAAGACCAAUUACGGUGUUACAAAGAUCGGCAGCAAAGUCAACGAUACGCAAAAGGAGAUUGGCAAGAAAAAGAAGGCGAAAGAGGAUGCGGAGGACCUUUUGAAGCAGAAAGAAGCUUUGCAGAAAGAGAAAGCUGCCCAGGAAGCAUUGGCCGCAGAGAAGCUGCAGGCGCUUCAUCUGAAGGCCAAGACGGUGGGAAACUAUGUGCACGAGUCGGUGCCGAUUAGCAAUGACGAGGCGAAUAAUAAGGUGGAAAAGGAAUGGGCGCCUGAGGGCUUUCAGAAACAAAAAAAGGAUUGCUUGUCACAUCACGAGGUUCUGUACCGCUUGGACGGCUACGAUCCAGAAAGAGGCGUUAAGAUAGUGGGACAUCGAGGCUACUGUCUGACAGGCUACGGCCUCUUCCUGAACCUGGCACUGGUCAACUAUGGCUUGGAGUACCUAUUCAGCAAAGGUUUUACGCCCAACCAGCCUCCCUUUUUUAUGAACCGAGAAGCCAUGGCCAAGACGGCGCAGCUGUCACAGUUUGACGAAGAGCUUUACAAAGUAACCGACGACGGCACGGAAAAGACCGACAAGUACCUGAUUGCAACCUCGGAGCAGCCACUCUCCGCCCUUCACGAGAGCGAAUGGCUGACAGAGAAGGAUCUACCCAUCAAGUACGCAGGCUACAGCACAUGCUUCCGCAAAGAAGCUGGUUCGCACGGUCGCGAUGCAUGGGGUCUUUUCAGAGUGCAUCAGUUCGAAAAGAUCGAACAAUUCAUUUUCUGCAAACCCGAAAACUCAUGGGAGCACCUAGAAGAAAUGCUGGCAAAUUCCGAAGGCUUCUACCAAUCGUUGGGCCUUUCGUACAGGGUCGUUGCAAUAGUCUCCGGCGCUUUGAACAAUGCUGCCGCAAAGAAAUUUGACCUGGAAUCCUGGUUCCCAUUUCAGAGUGAGUACAAGGAGCUCGUUUCUUGUUCGAAUUGCACAGAUUACCAGACGAGGGAGCUUGAGAUACGAUAUGGCGCCAAGUCACAAACAAGCAGCAAAAAGACAUACGCACACGCUCUUAAUGCUACGCUCUGUGCUACUGAGCGUACUCUUUGCUGCGUGCUAGAAAAUUAUCAAACCGAACAUGGUAUCAACGUACCUGAGGUUCUGCGCAAAUACAUUCCCGGCCAGCCCGAAUUCCUGCCAUACACGAAAGAGCUGCCGAAGGACUCGAUUUCAGCGAGAGGUGCAAAACAAUCAACUUCGGCAGAGCUGCCGGUAAGAUGA